AUGGCGCAGCAACAGAGCCCCCUCGCAUUGCGCAGCCUGGAGGAAGUGCCUGAUCCUGCACCGGGUCGCCGAUUCGUCCUCAAGAAUCUCUAUAAUUUCUUGAACCGGGAGAUUUUUGACGGCGCUUUGCCGUCGAAAAUGGAAGUUCGGUGGGAGUCCAGCUUGCACACUUCCUUCGGGAAGUCUUCACCAGCGGGUCCCAUCAGACUGAGCCACACCCUGCUAUACAAACAUCCAUCUCGCGACUUCCUCAUAGACGUCCUUCUGCACGAGAUGAUCCGCCAGAGGCAACACCAGUUCGCGCCGCAGGAGAAAGGGAACGGGCCGUACUUCAUGGCCGAGAUGGAGCGCAUCAACACAGCAUUCGGCAGGCGAGUCGCCGUCACGUUCAGUUCUCCGUACAGUCUCCGCCAACUCGACAAGGUGUGCAAGCACAGGUGGAAGUGCACCUCCUGCGCCUUCGUGGUCAAGAAAUCGAGGGCGAUUCCGCCUGGCGCUGAGAAACGUCGAGAGCACAGUGACACCGGCUGCUCGGGAGAGCUCGUCAAGAUGACUCCAAACACGGUAGCGGGGGACAUCGCUGCGUACUGCGCGGCGUCCCUGGCCGCAGAGGAACAGCUGCAGUAA